GGUCUGAGUCCGUCUGCUUACAAUGGGUUUUGAAAAUUCGCGAGAAAGACGCACGUAAAUCGCUGCGAAGAGAUCUUUAUGUCGGAAACAUCGUAGCCCAAACGCUCUCCCGGAACACAGCGGUAACCUCUCACCCCUCGAGUAACGCGUCAAAAUAUGAAGAGUACACUGGACAUACGAUUCGAGGAAGAUGACCUGCCGUACGAAGAAGAAAUCAUUAGAAAUCCCUUCUCCGUCAAGCACUGGAUGAGAUACAUCGACUUCAAGAAGGACAAGUCGAAAGAUGUCAUCAACUUGAUCUGCGAGCGAGCACUGAAGGAGCUUCCCGGAAGUUACAAGCUCUGGUACAGCUACCUAAAGCUACGUCGACAGCAAGUCAGGGAUCUCUGCAUUACUGAUCCCGAGUACGAAGAUGUCAACAGCGCAUUCGAGAGGUCACUGGUGUUCAUGCACAAAAUGCCACGGAUCUGGAUGGACUACUGCAAGUUCCUCACGCAACAGCAAAAGAUCACUCGCACCCGGCGAGUCUUUGACAGAGCUCUGCGAGCGUUGCCCAUCACUCAGCACCACCGCAUCUGGCCCCUGUACCUGGAAUUCGUCAACAUGCACGACAUACCAGAGACUGCUCUUCGUGUGUACCGGCGGUAUCUCAAGCUUUGCCCUGAGAACGCCGAGGAAUUCGUGGAGUACCUCAAGCGCAUCGGCAGGCUAGACGACGCCGCAGUCAGACUCGCCGACAUCGUGAACAAGGAAGACUUUGUGUCCAAGGAAGGGAAAUCAAAGCACCAGCUGUGGAACGAGUUGUGCGAGCUCAUCUCCAAGAACCCGGAGAAGGUUCACUCCCUCAAAGUGGAUGCCAUCAUCAGGGGCGGGCUGCGCCGCUACACUGACCAGAUCGGUCAGCUCUGGAACUCCCUGGCCGACUACUACAUCCGUGCCGCUCUCUUUGAGAGGGCGAGGGACAUCUACGAAGAAGCCAUCCAGACUGUUCUGACUGUUAGAGAUUUCACGCAAGUUUUCGACGCCUAUGCCCAAUUUGAAGAGAGCGUGCUGUGUGCAAAGAUGGAAGAGGCGAGUGCAGCAAGACCGAGCGAAGAAAAUGACUUGGACCUAGAGAUACGGCUUGCAAGGUUUGAAGACCUCAUGGAUAGGAGACCUCUGCUGCUGAACAGUGUCCUACUCAGACAAAACCCCCACAAUGUCCACGAAUGGCUGAAACGAGUGAAGCUGUUUGAAGGGAAGCCACGAGAGAUAAUAAACACCUUCACGGAAGCCGUGCAGACUAUAGACCCCAAGCUGGCCACGGGCAAGCUCAACAUUCUCUGGGUGUCCUUUGCAAAGUUCUACGAGGAAAACGACCAAAUUGAAGACGCCCGUAUCAUCUUCGAGAAGGCAACCCAAGUCCCCUUCACAAAAGUCGAGGACCUCGCUCACGUUUGGUGCGAGUGGUCCGAAAUGGAGCUGAGGCACGAAAACCACGAAGGGGCCCUGAAGCUCAUGCAGAGAGCUACAGCCAUGCCUUCCAGGAAAGUGGCCUAUCACGACCAGAACGAGCCGGUUCAGUUCCGAGUGUACAAGUCUCUCAAGGUCUGGUCGCUGUACGCGGAUCUAGAAGAAAGCUUUGGCACAUUCAAGUCAACAAAGGCAGUUUACGACCGCAUCAUCGACCUAAAGAUCGCCACUCCGCAGAUCAUCAUCAAUUAUGGACUUUUCUUGGAAGAGAACAACUACUUCGAAGAAGCCUUCAAAGCCUACGAGAAGGGCGUUGCCCUCUUCAAGUGGCCAAACGUGUACGACAUUUGGAACACCUACCUCACAAAGUUCCUCAAGCGUUACGGUGGUACCAAGCUGGAAAGAGCUCGUGACCUUUUUGAGCAGUGUCUGGAGAGCUGCCCAGCCAAGUUUGCAAAGUCCCUGUACCUGCUGUAUGCCAAGCUGGAGGAAGAACACGGCCUGGCCAGGCAUGCCAUGGCCAUCUACGACCGUGGUUGCAAGGCAGUGCUGCCCGAAGAACAGUUCCAGAUGUUCAACGUGUACAUCCUGAAGGCGGCGGAGAUCUACGGGCUGACGCACACUCGAGAGAUCUACGAGCGGGCCAUUGAGGUGUUGCCGGACAACCAAGCUCGGCAGAUGUGUGUGCGCUUCGCCGACCUGGAGCGGAAGCUGGGCGAGAUCGACCGUGCCAGGGCCAUCUACGCGCACUGCAGCCAGAUAUGCGACCCCAGAGUUACGGCAGACUUCUGGAACACGUGGAAGGAUUUUGAGGUGCACCACGGAAACGAGGACACAAUGCGAGAGAUGUUGCGCAUCAAGCGUAGCGUCCAGGCCACCUACAACACCCAGGUCAACUUCAUGACCGCCCAGAUGCUCAGUGCCACCGCCAGGGAAGUGGCCGCCACCGGGGCCACAGAAGAGCCUGCCAAGGACUCCAUGCAACAGCUGGAAGCAGCGGCCAAAGUUUUGGCCGAGGAAGCCAGGAGAGAUCCCGCGAGGAUGCCAGGAAAAGACAUCCUGUUCGUCAGGGGUGGUACGACGGAGGAUGAGCAGAGCCUAGCGGAGCGAAGCAGAACGACCAACCCAGACGAAAUCAACAUUGAUGACGACGAAGGUUCCGACGACGAUGAACAGGUUGAAGAGGUGGCGGUCGAGCAGCGUUCAGUGCCCGAAGAGGUGUUUGGAGACCUCAAGAUGUCUACGGAUAAUCCAUGACCUUCACAGUCCACGGCCUUAUGCACCUAUAUAUAGAAAAUAAAACGGCCCCAACGCAUCCAA